ACCCUUCACAGGAGGGCACAGCGCACAUGCCGACAAAACACCGAUAAUUAUCUAUUUUAGUUAGUGGCUUUUUAAUUAUUUUAUUUUUUUUUAGCAGCUGAAGUUAUAGCGUGUCUCCAUUACGUGGUACCAGAAAGCAGUCUUCUUAAAAAAAUAAAUAAAAAUAACAACAAAAAAAAAAAACAGUUUCGGUUUAGUUAGCUACUUGUGUAAAUCUUUUUUUGAAACCAUGUCUGGCCCUCAAAGAUUUGCAAGCCCGUUUCACAGACCUCACUGCCUUGCAGCUGCUGCCCCGGCUGGUAAAACGAAGCUAACUCAUCCUGGCAAGGCUAUUUUAGCAGGUGGGAUUGCGGGAGGUAUAGAGAUCUGCAUAACGUUUCCUACAGAAUAUGUCAAAACACAGCUGCAGCUGGAUGCCAAGGCCAAUCCACCGCGCUAUAAAGGCAUCGUUGACUGUGUGAAGCUGACGGUUAAGAGUCAUGGGGUGCAAGGGCUGUACCGGGGGCUCAGCUCGCUGGUCUAUGGCUCCAUUCCCAAGGCUGCAGUCAGGUUUGGCAUGUUUGAGUUUCUCAGUAACCACAUGAGAGAUGAGAAUGGGAAGCUGGACGGCACACGGGGGCUGCUGUGUGGACUGGGGGCCGGCGUGGCAGAGGCAGUGGUGGUGGUGUGCCCCAUGGAGACCAUCAAGGUGAAGUUCAUUCAUGAUCAGUGCUCGGCCAAGCCGCAGUACAGGGGGUACUUCCAGGGAGUGAGGGAGAUUAUUCGGCAGCAUGGUUUAAGAGGAACAUAUCAGGGUCUGACUGCAACGGUUCUGAAGCAGGGAUCCAAUCAGGCAAUCCGCUUCUACGUCAUGACGUCUCUGAAGAAUUGGUAUAAAGGUAAUAACCCCAAUAAGGAUAUGAACCCCUUGGUGACGGGUGCGUUUGGUGCCAUUGCCGGAGCAGCCAGUGUGUUUGGGAACACCCCCAUUGAUGUGAUUAAAACUCGAAUGCAGGGACUUGAAGCCCACAAGUACAAAAACACGGUUAACUGCGCUUACCAAAUCAUGAAACAUGAAGGACUGAGAGGGUUUUACAAGGGAACUAUCCCUCGGCUGGGUCGUGUCUGCCUGGACGUGGCCCUAGUGUUCGUUAUUUAUGAAGAGGUGGUGAAGGUCCUGAACCGGGUCUGGCAGACUGAAUGAAUGAGAGCAACCUGGAAACCAAUAGUGCCAUGGGGAGGAGGGGCUCGGAAUGCUGUAGGAGGAGAUACUGCUAAUGAUCGGUGUGCCAUAGGCAAUAGACCUAUACAAUAUACUGCUAGUGAUCGGUGUGCCAUAGGCAAUAGACCUAUACAAUAUACUGCUAGUGAUCAGUGUGCCAUAGGCAAUAGACAUAUACAAUAUGUAUAGUUUAUAUUGUAUAAUAUAUAUUCCAGUAAUCCCAAAUCUCCCUUGACACUAUUGUUUGGUUACGUUAAGCAUAAAUGGUCUUGCAUUCACACCAUCAGGUUUUUUCUAUUUUAAGGCUUUUAAAUAUAAUGUAUAUGUCGGUGUGCAUUUUAUCAGGACCUAAGAAGCAUUCACGGGUAACACUAAGAAAAGUGGAAAACGAUCCUGCAGUUUCUUGGGACAGAACAAAGUCUCUGGCAUUGUCAACGUGUGUGCCAAAAAAAAAAAAAGACUAAUUUAGUCCAAACCUAUGACACAGUUCAUUUUUAUUUUAUGCAAGUUUUAACCAAAAGAGGAUCUCCUCAGUUUACGUUGCCUUCCCAAGCUGCUUGUGUGUUCCAAUCAGUUUCAGAAUGACCUGUUUUAAGAUGGGCAUUUUAGCUUGGGGGACGGGACGACAGUAUUUGAGGAAAAUCUAUAUUCUUGAGGAGUGAUAUCAAAUGUUUAACUAGAUCUUAUUGUAAAUAAUAAUAAUAGUAGUAAUAAUAAUAAUAAUAAUAAUAAUAAUAAUAAUAAUAAUAAUAAUAAUGUGCUUUGAUUAUUGCAUGAAUUUGUAUUUUCCUUAAACAGAAAACCCCCCGCCCCCAGUAAAGAUCUCAGUUCAUUAUUUCAUUCUGACUUUCUUUUAGUUUUUUGGUUUGCAAUGUGCUUUGCACCUGAACUCCAGCAUUUCUCUCAGUGCCAGCUUCCUCUGCUCUGCUUCGGAGUGAGCUUUGAUCCACAGCCUUUCUUGUUCCUUCACUUAUUCUUACUUGACGUGAGCUGCUGAAAAGUUCAAUAUAACCUCCCUAGAAAUCCCUGAUUUUAAUUGUUCCAAGAACUAGCAGCACUUCUGCCAGAUGUGUUGAUGUGCCAAAGGUGUUCUGUAAUGCAGGAAUGUGGGAUUGCUGUCAGCCUGGGUAUAAGGGUUAGUAUAAGCGUUGAUGCACCGAGUCGAACCAGACUGAGCCCCUAGACUGAAGUGUAUCUCCACGAUAAUGACGAGGAUUGCUUUACAUGGGGUCUGGGGGGAGGCAGUUAGAGUCAAUACGUAAUGUCUAAUAUAUACAGUGUUACACAGACUGUACCUUGUAAAUGACCCUGAACAGAAGGUUCAUCGUUCCUGAAGCCUCUUUCUAACUGGAAAUUGAUGGGUGAAAACUAUUGUGUUUUUAUAUGAAAAUUGUAUUUGUAAUCUAAAUAUUUGAAAUUGUAAUUUUCCUUUUCGUUCGAUAUCCAGAAGACCCUCGCUUCUCUGA